CGCGGUCCCGAGGGUGGAGUCCACCGCGGCUGGCUGAUCUCUGAACACUUUGCCAACCUCCAGACUUGACCGUGUCCGCUGCUCUGCUCACGCUGAGGCGAUCUGCGUUUUUUCCUUCGGGUCUGCACUUUAUUUGGAAACUUAUUUUCAACCGAACUGUUCUUGAGAAGGGCACCGAGCUGGGAAAAUGAUGGCUCCGGAACCGCUGCGCUCAGCUAUGAAUAUCCGAGGCGUGGAGGACACUUCUCUCGCUGUGCCUUCCGACACCAAGCUGCACUCAGGACAGCAGCGCGUGCUGGAUCAAGUGCACACCAUCAAGAGAAGCAAGUCAAAACCUGGGAAGAACGGCACAUUGUCCCCCCCAGCUCUAAGCCCAUUACCGCAGAAUAUGUCAACAUGUGAGUUUGGAACCUUCAAGUUUUCUCCGUCCAAAGCAAAUGCGUUCUUCAGUCGCGCCAACUCCAGUCAGUCAACAGGCUACACCAAAGUGGGACAUACUACAAAGAGUCGCACUCUAUCUGCUAAAACCUCCAAAGGACAACAUUACAGCUCAGGUGGAUGGGAACAGAAUAACUUUGCCACCCAGACCCUGACCCCCAAUGGGCUGAGAUCCGCUCGCAGUGACCCGGCCUUGGCUCGGUCAUUUGGUGCUGCUCAUACAGGCGGAACUGUUAUGAGAACCAAAGGGCAGGCGGUCCAGAACAACAUCAUGCAGAAUCGAGUCAAUAGACAAAGCGUCUACUCUACGAGCAGUAACCAACAGGCGACCAGUAACCACCAGAUGAACAGUAACCCCCAGACGACCAGUAACCACCAGAUGAACAGUAUCUACCAGAUGACCAGUAACCCCCAGAUGACGAACAGCCAGAUACACAUGGUCCAGCAGCCCUCCAUGCACUCUAUGACUGACGGCAGGAUGGGAACCAUCAAAAAGUCCAACAUAGAGCAGAUAUCAGCGGUGAACAGCUCGGUGAACAUGUCAGAUAUGACCCUGAAGCAGGCAAUAGAGUUCCUGUCUCACUCAGAUGAGAAUUACCAGCAAUGUGGAGCCACCUUCAUUCAACACACCACCUACAAAGAGGAAAGCACCAAACAGGAGGUUUUCAAAAUGGGAGGUAUCCCGGAUCUUGUGACCCUGCUGCGGAGCGCCAACCCUGGGGUGAGCCAGGCUGUUGCUGGCGCUCUGAGGAACCUGGUGUUCAAAGACCAGGCUAGCAAGUUGGAGGUUCAGCACUGUGGCGGGAUCGCUAAGGCCCUGCAGCUGCUGAAGGAGUCGGACUCUACUGAGACCCAGAAACAAAUAACUGGACUGCUCUGGAACCUGUCCUCUGCCAACGACCUGAAGCAAGAGCUGAUUGCUACAGCGCUGCCCGCCCUGACGGAGAACGUGGUGGAACCUUUCACCUGCUGGUCAGACAAAAGCACCAACAACAACAUCCACCCUGAUGUCUUCUACAGCGCCACAGGGUGCCUGCGGAACCUGAGCUCCGGCAAAAAGAAGGACAGAGAGGCAAUGAGAGAUUGCAGCGGCCUAAUCAACUCCCUCAUGAGUUACAUCCAGUCCUGUGUGGCGGAGGACAACCCUGAUGACAAGUCUGUGGAGAACUGUGCAUGCAUCCUCCAUAACUUGACCUACCAGCUGGAGGAAGAGUCCCCUGGGUGCUACAGCAAGUUCCAACCUGCGGGGAGGAAAAGCUCCACGAUUGGAUGCUUCAGCCCCAAGAGCAGCAAGGCCCAAAAGGAGAUUUCACUUGACGCGGUACGGGGGAUGCCGGAGGAGAGCAACCCGACAGGUGUGAACUGGUUGUGCCACCCCAAAGCCAUGCAGACCUAUAUGUCUCUGCUGGGCUCGUCCCAGAAAGAUGCCACCCUGGUGGCCUGCUGCGGGGCCCUGCAGAACCUCACUGCCUUAAAGGGAGCGGGGUCCAGUUCCAUGAGUCAGUUAAUGGUUCAAAAGCUGGGGGCUCUCAUGUACCUUCGACCCCUUUUAAAAUCUUCCAACCCGGGCCUGCAGAAGACUGCCAUGUCUCUGCUGGGUAACAUGUCUCGGACCAGCAGUUUGCAGACCUCCAUGGCAAAGCAGAUCCUGCCUGACAUCACCAGCCUCCUCUCCUCUAGCCCCAAAGAGUUGGGAAACUCCGACGACACCAUAACAUCAGCUUGCAACACAGCAUGCCAGCUGAUGUUUGCGGACAGUGAGGUCAGCAAGAAAGUCGUCGAUAAUAGUCUGGUGUUAUCCAUGACCGACCUCAGCAAGAACGCGUCUUUCCCAAAAGGCAGCAGAGCCGCUUCGAUGUUGCUCUACACCUUAUGGAGCGAUAAUAAUUUGCAAGGAGUCGUGAAAAAGCUGGGGCUGGACAAAUCACUUUUUGUCAAUGACUACACCACUUCAGUGCACAAGUCCAUGCAGCUCUCUGAGUGAGUGACAGAAGAGCAGAACAGCACCACAGAGCUUGAGAGGUUUGAUUGCUUCAAAGUACUUUCAUCUGCAUGUAUUCAGAUUUAAAGGGUUUGUCGGCCGAAAUGAGCUGAAUUUGUGUCAUGAGGUUUAAAAUUCUCUGCUCCUCUUUUCCUGUAUUUACUGUGUGUGUGUGCUCGCAGAUGAAAAGCAGCAUGUUUAGACACUGUGUGGCCACACCCUUGUAACAAGGAGAUUCAAUUACAUUAAUAACGUAACAACCUUGUUGAAAGAGCCUUUAAGAGUCAAUCAUACAUUGUACAAAAAAGACAGCUUUUAAAUUCCUGGAUAAUUGGUGUGUUGCGUAUUUAAUUUGCAUAUGUUUCUGUCUGUGUAAAUAAAGGGUGAGUGUGUGUGAUUGGUAGGUGAAGAGUGCAUGGCUGCAGAAACCCAGUUCCUCUGGCUGAGAGCUGCAGAGUUUCUAAAGCCAUGCAGAGAUUAGCUGGAUUCAUGAAUGCCAUUGUUGUCCGUCUGCAGUUAAAAUGUUCUUAUCCUUAUCUUUUGCUGCCUCAAGGACCGAGCAGCCGAAAAAUAGAAAGUAAUAAGAAGAAUAUACGAAAAGCUGUUUUGAAAAAUACUUUCUGUAUUUGGAUACUGUGGCACCCACAUCAAAUCUUGUACAUUCAACUCAACGUUUUUGUUAACUUGUUUCGAUUUCAUUAUUUUUUUAAACAAAAACAAAAUGGAAACAGCUUUCAACUAAAGUGCCUGAAAAAUGUAAGGAAGUUUCCUUUUUUUAGAAAUGUACUUGUUUGCUUUCUCGCCAAGAGUCAAUAAUAAGAUCGAUACCUCUCAUGUUUGUGAUUUGAAUAUAAAGCUGGAACCAGAAGCCAUUCAGCUUAGCUCACAAUAGCUAUCCGAUUCCUUGAAAUAGCUAUCCUGCCUCUGUCCAAAAGUAACAACAUUUCACACAAGCAACUCUAAAGCUCACACAUUGACAUUGGGUUUAUGAGCCCUGUAAAUCUAUAAUCUGUGAUUUUACACCGUUUUCCGUGUGGAUUUUACGAACAAGAUAUAAAGAGUUGUGGAAAUAUGUUACCUUUGCGCUAAGUUAACAGCCGCUCCUGGCGAUAGCUUCAUAUUUAUUUCAAAGAUUUGAGAGGGGUACCAAUCAUAUCAUCUAACUCUUAUCGAGAAAGCAUAUCAAUAUAAUUAUGAACUCAUAAAUCUCAAAAAGAUCUAUUACUUUACAUUGCAGUACUAAAUCUAAACACCUUGUUCUUUUGCUUUGUCAUUAGUUUUGUUGUUGUUUGUUUUUUAGAACUGUUUUUCUUGUUUAAAGUGAGCAAUUGGAGUUCUCUAGCUUCUAUAGUCUUAGUUAUGUUCACGAAUAACAUACAAGGAAUUUAUUUUUAAGAUAUAACAUAUUAAAAAAUGUUAACAAAUACUAAGUGUUAUACAUCUGUUAGUUUAGAAUGAUAUGAACUAGUAUAGAUGUAAACAUUUAAAUAGUAUUUGUUAAAGUAUGAAGCCUUCUGUUAAAACAUAUUUUGUAUAUGAUGAUAAUGAUAAUACAUGAAUCUGAAACUGUUCAUGGAGUGCCACAGACCCAACAUGUAACCCCAUCAUUAUUCCCACUCGGUUAUCCCCCUGAAAACCCUUUGGAGUCUAGUUUAAUAAUUAUCAACAGAUAGCAUAGCUAGACACAUUAAGAGUCUUUAAAGUGUGAUUCAACAGAAGUCUCUAGGGAGAUAAUAAUGUAGGUCUAAUGAAUAAUGAUCUGUCUAUACCCCCUCAGGCAGGAGAAGUUGCACAAAACAUAUUUCAAUUAUUAUUUAAAAAAAACAUUCAUCUUCAUCUAAAACGGUCCUAUGUAAGGUUUGCUACUUUGGCUAAACACUCAUAAAGGAUUAUUCCUCUUCUCAUAACCCAAAUACAAAAGACAAAAUAUGUAUUUCCUGGAAACCAGUUUUAAAUCCUAUUAACAGACCCAACUCAACAAAUGUCUGAAGCAAAGAUAAUAGAUAACUCUUUGGGGAUUCCCAAUGACUCCAACAACACACUGCAGUGAACUGUUUUGAGCUUUAGUUGCAAAGUCCUGCUGAGGUUCCUUUGCCUCUGGGAAGAUUGAUGUCAGUAUUGCUUAGAAUGUGUUUUGUAAUAAGUAAGAAAUGUGUGUGUGGCUUAUAAUUCGGAGCUUCUCCUGUCGCUCAGUCUGUACAGAGAAUAAAUUCCACAUGUGAAAAACAA